AUGGAAAAAGAAGGAGCUAUUAGCAAGGAUGAAGAUUUCGGGGGAAGCUUGUCGAUAAAUUCGCAACUCACCCCUAGUGAGCAGGUGGACGAGCUUGCCAAGGAGUAUGGUAUUAAUCAGAAAAAGCUUAUGUGGAAAAUUGAUUUAUGCGUUGUUCCGCCAUUUUGCUUUUUAUACUUUUUGUCUUUUUUAGAUAGAGUGAACAUUUCCAACGCUAAGCUUUACGGGCUCGCGGAAGACUUGAAUUUGACAGGAAACCAGUACAACACCGCAUUGACGUUAUUUUUCGUGCCAUAUGUAUUCUUUGAGGUGAUUUCGAAUUACAUUAUCAAAUUUAUUAGUCCGCAUAUAUGGUUGAGUGGAUGCAUAAUGAUUUUUGGGGCCGUUUCGAUUGGAAUGGGGUUUGUGACCAAUUUUAGUGGGCUUGCAGCUUGUAGAUUCUUCAUCGGGAUGGCCGAAGCGUCGACUUUCCCCAGUUUGUUUUAUCUUCUCUCGACAUAUUACCACAAAGCGGAGGCUCAAAGGAGAUUUUCAGCCUUUUUCUCAGUGACAUGUUUAGCCGGUGCUGCCAGUGGGGCCAUUUCUUAUAGAAUCAACGAGUUGGACGGGAAACACGGAUUGAGCUCGUGGCAAUGGAUUUUUGUGAUUGACGGGAUCAUCACCUGCGGGGGAGCUAUCAUCCUUUUCUUCACGGUGGCAGAUUUCCCAGAAGAGUCUAGGUUCUUGAGUGAUAACGAGAAAAAAUUCAUCAAGGAAAAGUUAGCGGUUUUCUCGGGGGCAGAAUCAGGCUUCGAAAUCAAGAACAAGGUAUCUGAUGUUGCCAAAUGUUUCAAAGAUUAUCUCGUUUGGUUGCCUGCAUUGGCAUACUUUGGCUUGAUUAUUCCAUCGUAUGGUUACGCAUAUUUUGCAGCCACCAUUAUCAAUCAAAUGGGUUACACCGCUGAGAGUGCCAACCAGCAUUCAGUUUACCCGUGGCUUGCGGCCUUCGGCUUGAACAAUAUUGUGUCAUUUAUCUCUGAUAGAAGCAAGUUGAGAUUACCGUUUGCACUUGGUUCAUGUGUUAUUGCUAUCAUUGGCUUAGCGUUGAUCUUGGGUGAGAGAUAUGAUCCUCAAGCUCGUUACGCAGGUUGUUUCUUAGCUGCAUCCGGAUUAUAUACCGCUAUGCCUUUAUUGGUGUGCUGGUCAUCAUUAAACUUUGGAGGACACUUGAGAAAAUCUGUCGGUACCGCCUGGCAAAUCGGUUUCGGUAACAUUGGUGGUAUCAUUGCCACCUUUAUAUUUUUACAAAAAGAUGCUCCAGUCUAUAAACCGGGUUUAGGUGUUUCUCUUGCUGCUGUUGUUUUUGCAAUGGUGAUGAUGGUUACAUAUUUCUUCGCGGUCUACAGAUUAAAUAAAGUCAAGAAGUCAGAUGCCUACAUUCAAAAAUUCAACGCAUUAGACGAUAGAUCUAGAAUUUUAGCUGGUGACAAGAACCCAAAGUUCGAGUAUUUAUAUUAG